GUUCAUCAUAACGUAGCAGUCAAAGAAAACGGUUUGUCUUUUGGCCGAUGAAUCGAACGGCUGGAUCUGAUUACAUGGAUCUUGAUCUCCGAAAUACAUGUGAAGGUAGGACCCAACCUCACCCGGUCUCUAGUACUUUCUUUCUCCUAAUUUCAACCAACUGGUCCUCUCUGUUGAAGCUCACUACGCUCUUUCUCGUAAAAGAUUCCGUAUAAUUUCGCUCAAAACAUCCAACGGAGAAACGUUGCUUUCUCUCUACUUCAAAUGGCUGAGAAGUAAUCUCCUACACACAGAGAGAAAAAGCAUAACAUAAGCAAACCACAAAGCAAUCAUUUAAACUCUUCUAGUCCGCAUCCCUCUCCUUUUAGACCAUCAAUUUCUCUCAAGUUCUGAACGUCUUUCCAACUGGUUCUUCCUCGUUUUGGUUCAAUGGAACCCAGAUCCAGUGCAAUUGGACCCUCACUUGACCCGAACGCCCUCGAUUCAUUCCAAUUCAACGAAGAAAUUCAACAGUUGAUGGCCGUGCCACAAGAAAAUGCAAGCUCCUUCACUGCACUCCUCGAGCUGCCCACCCCACAAGCCGUGAAACUCCUCCACUACUCUCGUGAUUCCGAGGACUCUGCUGCGCCUGCUUACUCAAACAACCACACAGUCACCGCCGAUGCUCACUGCCCACCCUAUCAUUUCCCCGUUGGAGCAAACUUGACUUUUCCAUCUAACAUAGCUUUGAUUGGACGCGCCGCGAGAUUGAAUGAAAAAAAUAAUAACAGAAAUAACACUCCGGAAACCACGGAGUCGGUGCCGUCAAAUUCAAGCGGGGAUCUCGGGAAAGUAAAGAACGAGCCAGCAGAAUCAGACUCCAACAACCCCAAUUCAUCACCUCCGGCGGAGAAUAAGAGAUCGGUGAAGAGAAAAGAGUGCGAUAAGAAGGUCAAAGUAGCGACAAAGAAGAGCAAAAGCGGUGCAAACGAUAGCAGCGUAGAUGCGCAGAAGCUUCCAUACGUUCACGUUCGAGCUCGUCGUGGUCAAGCCACAGAUAGCCAUAGCUUAGCUGAGAGAGCGAGGAGAGAGAAGAUUAAUGCACGAAUGAAGCUGCUACAAGAACUGGUCCCAGGAUGCGAUAAGAUUUCUGGUACAGCUUUAGUUUUAGAUGAGAUCAUCAAUCAUGUGCAGUUGCUGCAGCGUCAAGUGGAGUUCUUAUCAAUGAGACUUGCAGCAGUGAAUCCAAGAAUUGAUGCCAAUUUUGACAAUAUAUUGGCUUCAGAAAGUGGAUCCUUAACGGACGGUAACUUUUCCAACAUGUCUAUGCCUCUAAUGUCUCCUGAGGUUCAAAUCAAUGCAAGCUGGCAACAAUAUCAACAGCAAUGGCAUUUGAAUGCACAUCAUCAGCCUAUUUGGGGAAGAGAAGAAGAAAGCCAUCACUUUGUUACUCCGGAAAACUCACCUAUGACUCAGCAAAUUCAGCAGCUCUGCACUCAAAUCAAUUGAAAAUGGAGCUAUGAAGACCAAAGAAGUUCCACGGUAGCUAGUAUUGUAUAAAUAUCAGUCACAACUAUAAUAGUUAGUUGAGAGGAUGCCUCAACAUUUUAUUGUAUAAAUAUCAAUCAUAAUUAUAGCAGUUAGUCGAGGGGAGGCCUCAUAAUUUCUCUUGCGUUUUCAUGUCUUCUAUUCAUUGGAGUGAAGAUGGAAACCCAUGUUUCUCUGUAUUGGAGUUUGGAGAUGAGAACGUCUUAUUUAUAUAUAUAUUUGGAUAGAAUCAUUCAAUCUUAUUCAGAAUUCUGAGAUGAUUGAUUUUAUUCAGAAUUCUGAGAUGAUUGAUUGAGUUAUAUCGUAAUAAAAAACUUUUGUGCUGCAA